GGGCCGUACCGGGCCGCGCCGCGCCACUUCCGACGCGGCGCUCGCUUUAGGUUCCGGGGCGCGCCGCCUCGGCUCGCGGGCCCGGGAUCCGGCGGGAUGGAGGAGGCCGCGCUCGGGGAGGCCGAACUCAACUGGUCCCGCCUCAGCGUGUCGGCCGAGGCGUUGGAGUCGGAGCUGGAGGCGCGCGCCGAGGAGCGGCGCGGCGCGCGCGAGGCUCUCCUGCGGCUGCUGCUGCCCUACAACCGCCUGACGUCGCUGCCGCGGGCGUUGGGCGGCGGCUUCCCGCACCUCCAGCUCCUGGACGUGAGCGGCAACUCGCUCACGGCGCUGGGGCCCGAGCUGCUGACGCUGAGCGGCCUGCGCACGCUGCUGGCCAGGAACAACCGGCUCGGCGGCCCGGGCUCGCUGCCCAAGGGCCUGGCCCAGUCGCCGCUCUGCCGCAGCCUCCAAGUGCUCAACCUCAGCGGCAACUGCUUCCAGGAGCUGCCCGCCUCGCUGCUGGAGCUGCGCGCCCUUCAGACCCUCAGCCUGGGCGGCAACCAGCUGCAGAGCAUCCCCGCCGAGAUCGAGAACUUGCGGAGUUUAGAAUGUUUAUACCUUGGAGGAAACUUCAUUAAAGAAAUCCCACCAGAAUUAGCAAAUCUGCCUUCUCUGAAUUACUUGGUGUUGUGUGACAACAAGAUCCAAAGUGUGCCUCCCCAGCUCUCACAGUUGCAUUCGCUUCGAUCCCUCAGUCUGCACAAUAACUUGCUGACUUACCUGCCUCGAGAGAUCCUUAAUCUUAUUCACCUGGAAGAGCUGAGUUUACGAGGAAACCCGUUGGUUGUUCGUUUUGUUAGAGAUUUAACGUAUGACCCUCCGACUCUUCUGGAAUUAGCUGCAAGGACCAUUAAGAUCCGAAGUAUUUCUUACACUCCCUAUGACCUUCCUGGGAAUCUUCUUAGAUACUUGGGUUCAGCCAGCAACUGUCCAAACCCAAAGUGUGGUGGAGUCUAUUUUGACUGUUGUGUCAGACAAAUUAAGUUUGUGGACUUCUGUGGGAAGUACCGUCUCCCCCUCAUGCACUAUCUGUGCUCUCCAGAGUGCUCCUCCCCCUGCAGCUCUGCCUCCCAUAGCUCCACCUCCCAGAGUGAAUCUGACUCAGAAGAUGAAGCCAGUGUUGCUGCACACAGAAUGCAGAAAGUCCUUCUUGGUUGAGCAGCAAUGGGUAUUGAAAAAUAUUAAAACACUGAACAGAAAUGACUAAAAGGAAAUGGGUCUUGAAGUUGAUUGGAGACCUGAGCGUUUUCAUCUUGAGUGUCCAUGUAAGACCUGCCAUGAUGUGAAAGAAAGGUUUUGCAUUCUGUCUACACAUUCGGCAGGAAUGAGUCCAGUUCCCUGUUUAGAUUCUUUGAGUGUAAUUUAUUGUGAAUGGCAGUUCAAAAUUCAGUUGAUCGGUCUUAAUUUUCAUGUAAGUCUUUGAAGAAACACUAACAGGAUGGUUCAUUCUGAAGAACAGGCUUGCCUGUAAUCAGCCGGAAGUGGGAUCGCCUGGGACAGCUGAGUUGCAUAAAGACAUCAUCACAGUUCUGGUACAAGGGUUGUCCUGGUUUAUGCUGAACACUAGACAUAAAAUGAGCCUUCUCCUUGUGUUCUUCUCCUGGACUAUUGAAAGCCUUUCUGACCAACUAACAGGACAGUCAGGACUAUAACUUUUAAAUGGAGUAUUAAACCAGCUCUUGUUUUGUGUGUUUGUUACUAACUUUAUAUAAUCUAGCAGUGAUAUGUUAUAGUGCCUUAAUCCUAGUAAGAUUAUGGAAGCUUAUUAUAGAAAUUAUUUCAGAGCAACCUACAACCUGACACUGUGUAAAACACUUGGAAAUAUACUUUAACCAAUUAGUUGAACAAUUGUUUAGAUAACACCUGGGUUCUGAGGGCCUGGAACUCUGUAGAAUGGGCUGCUCUGGAACUCAGAGAUCCACCAGGUGGGAGAUCUUCCAGGUGGCAAUUCCAGGGGUCCUCCACCUCCCUAGUUGCUGAGAUUACAGGUGUACACUACCAUCUGCUUCCUGCUUCCAUGUCCAUCUUAACUUCAUUUUUGUUUAUUACAAUGAUCUCUUCUAAGUAAACAGCUUUUACACUUAAUGAGAAUGAGAGGCUAAAGUCUUCAUCUGUCUAUUCACCAAAAGACAGAAUAAUAAUUUGGGACCAAAAAAAUCUAGAUGACGGAGUCAGCGUCUACCCGAGAGCACAGCCUUCUUGCAGCUCCUCCGUUGCCGGUCCACACCCCCAGUUCGCCAUGGAUGACGAUGCCGCUGCGCUCGUUGUCGACAACGGCUCCGGCUUCGCAGGCGACAAUGCUCCCCUCCCCGGGCCGUCUUCCCCUCCAUCGUGGGCUGCCCUAGGCACCAGGGUGUGAUGGUGGGUAUGGGUCAGAAGGACUCCUGCAUGGGCGACGAGGCCCAGAGCAAGAGAGGCAUCCUGACCCUGAAGUACCCCAUUGACCAUGGCAUUGUCACCAACUGGAACGACAUGGAGAAGAUCUGGCACCACACCUUCUACAGUGAGCUGCGUGUGGCCCUGUGCUGCUCACCAAGGCCCCCCUAAGGCCAACAGUGAAAAGAUGACCCAGAUCAUGUUUGAGACCAAUACCCCAGCCAUGUCUGUAGCCAUCCAGGCUGUGCUGUCCCUGUAUGCCUCUGGUCGUACCACUGGCAUUGUGAUGGACUCCGGAGAUGGGGUCACCCACACUGUGCCCAUCUACGAGGGCUAUGCUCUCUCCCUCACGCCAUCCUGCGUCUGGACCUGGCUGGCCGGGACCUGACAGACUACCUCAUGAAGAUCCUGACUGAGCAUGGCUACAGCUUCACCACCACAGCUGAGAGGGAAAUCGUGCGUGACAUCAAAGAGAAGCUGUGCUAUGUUGCCCUAGACUUCGAGCAGGAGAUGGCCACGGCCGCAUCCUCUUCUUCCCUGGAGAAGAGCUAUGAGCUGCCUGACGGCCAGGUCAUCACUAUUGGCAAUGAGCGGUUCCGAUACCCUGAGGCUCUUUUCCAGCCUUCCUUCUUGGGUAUGGAAUCCUGUGGCAUCCACGAAACUACAUUCAAUUCCAUCAUGAAGUGUGACGUUGACACCAAGAUCUCUAUGCCAACACAGUGCUGUCUGGUGAUACCACCAUGUACCCAGGCAUUGCUGACAGGAUGCAGAAGGAGAUUACUGCUCUGGCUCCUAGCACCAUGAAGAUCAAGAUCAUUGCUCCUCCUGAGCGCAAGUACUCUGUGUGGAUCGAUGGCUCCAUCCUGGCCUCACUGUCCACCUUCCAGCAGAUCGGCUCAGCAAGCAGGAGUAGGAUGAGUCUGGCCCCUCCAUCGUGCACCGCAAAUGCUUCUAGGCGGACUGUUUUACACCCUUUCUUUGACAAAACCUAACUUGUGCAGAAAAAAAAAGAGAGACAACAUUGGCAUGGCUUUGUUUUUGUUUUUUAAUUUUUUUUAAAAGGUUUUUUGUUUUGUUUUGGCGCUUUUGACUCAGGAUUUAAAAACUGGAACGGUGAAGGCGAAGGCAGUCGGUUGAAGCAAACAUCCCCCAAAGUUCUACAAUGUGGCUGAGGACUUUGAUUGUACAUUGUUUUUUUGAUUUUGUCUUUUUUUAAUAGUCAUCCCAAGUAUCCAUGAAAUAAGUGGUUACAGGAAGUCCCUCACCCUCCCAAAAGCCACCCCCACUCCUAAGAAGAGGAUGGCCGAGUCCACGCCCUGAGUCCACCCCGGGGAAGGUGACAGCAUUGCUUCUGUGUAAAUUAUGUACUGCAAAAAUUUUUUAAAUCUUCUGCCUUAAUACUUCAUUUUUGUUUUUAAUUUCUGAAUGGUCAGCUAGUGUGGCCCCCCUUUUUUGUCCCCCCAACUUGAUGUAUGAAGGCUUUGGUCUCUCUGGGAGUGAGUUGAGGUGUUGAGGCAGCCAGGGCUGGCCUGUACACUGACUUGAGACCAUUUUAAUAAAAGUGCACACCUUACCAAAAAAAAAAAUCUAGAUGACAAGUAGUCUAAGAAUACCUGCUUUACAAUAUUGGAAUAAAUGAGUGAAAGUUGGACAUAGUUGUGCACACCUUCAGACCAGCACUUGGGAGGUGGAGGCAGAAGAACAGGACUUCAAAGUUACUAGGCUUCAUAGUAAAUUUGAGGCCAACCUGGGCUACAAACAUGAAAACUUGUCUCGAUAUGGAUGGGGGGUGGAUUUUAACCAUCAAGUGUGUCUCCUUUGUUCCUCUUUGUUACUAAACCAUGACUUCCAACUACAUAAACAUGAGCAUGAAGCAGAGCCCGUUAUGUUCAUCCACAGUAGAGUAGUUCACAGAGCUAGCAUAAUCAUUGAACACUGAAAAAAGUAUUAAGAAAACAUUGUAUCCUUAAGGUGUGAAGAAAAAUAGUAACACAAAUUAUUGUCAUUGGAAAUUAAUACAUUUUACUAACUAGUUGAUUGGGCAAUUAAAAAAUACUAAAAGUAUAAGCUAACAUUAAAAAAUAUGUAACUCUCACUGCUGAUCAUUAACCAACCUGUAAUGACAGGAAGCCUAGUUGGUAAGUGCCAAAAGUAGUUUCACAUUGUAUUAGGGCAUCAGGUGGUCUCUUCAAGUGUGUUUUAUUAGAAGCCAACUGUAUGCUCAGAGUAGUUGUGUGUAGGUUUCUUGUAUAUAUUAUUUUAGUAGAAUAUAUUAGUAGGUUCUAGGGUAAUUCAGGGUUUGUAUGUGUGUGUAUCACGCCAUGAAACACAAGAGUUUCGUGGCUGCAGUUGUGAAACGCUGCUAUAGUGAGUCCCCUUACCUUUCCCUCGGAAUAGUGUAGUAAGAUUAUUUUUUUUUUUCUUUUUGAUUUAGGAAUUUUCUUCCUGUGUUUAUAGAAGUGAUGUUUCUACUGCUAAUGUAAUUGUAUGAUAGAACAUAUAAAGUCUUUGUUUAUUUCGCCAAGUAAGCAUCUGUAAGCUGCAGAUUGCAAGGUUGGGAAAAGCAAAGAUGACUUGUAAAUGCUUUGUAAUUAGAUCAUUUAGUUAAGCAACACUGAACAUUUUCUUGGAAAAUGCUCAAAUUGAUGGGACCACAUUCUUCUGGAUUAAAUACUUGUACUUUCUUGACUGAUAGUCAUCUUGACUUAAGUAGUUUGAGUAGCCUUUUAGGAAUUACUUGUAAAUAGCCUUGUAAAUAGAGCAUUUAACCAUAUGUACCCUUCCUAGCCUCCCAGAAAGCAAGUGUAUCGUUUCUUCUUUUAUAGUUGUAAAUAAUCCAGCCAGAGGUAGUUUCUAGCCUGUGCCAUAUAGAUGUUUCCUACGGUGUUCUCUCAACAAAGUGUUUAUUGUGGUUCUUUAUGUGUAUAGCUAAAGUCUAUGUGCAGUGUGCUGGGUCAGCGUGGUGGGGAUGCUGGGGAUAGGUACAGAGCCUGGUGCGUGUUAGGCAAGCUACAGUUCAUGCCUGGCACAGGUCGCUUGUAAUGAAAUCUGCAGUUAGCUUUUAUAUUUUUUAGAACUCAUCUUAGACCCUAUCUUUUACGGAAGUUGCUAGUGAUUUCUUAAUUUUUUUCUUUCUUUUUCAUAUUUUUUUAAACUAAUGAUUAGAUGUCAGCUUAGUGUAAUAGGAAUUGGCCAUCUGGAAGCUGAUCAUCUUCUGAAGUCAGCAGAUGAUCAUUUAAGACUGUUAAAUGCUAUUUGGCCUCAUUAGUUAUGAGUUGCAUGUGUAUCUAAUGAAUGCUUAGAGUUUCAGAAUCCGCAAUUUUUAUUAUACAGUUAUUUUCUUUUCCUUUUUUUUUCUUUCUUUUUUUUUUUUUUUUUUUGGUUUUUCGAAACAGGGUUUCUCUGUGUAGUCCUGGCUGUCCUGGAACUCACUCUGUAGACCAGGCUGGCCUCGAACUCAGAGAUCCACCUGCCUCUGCCUCCCAAGUGCUGGGAUUAAAGGCGUGCGCCACCACCGCCCAGCCAUUAUUUUAUUCUCUGAGACAGGGCCUGGCUGUGUAGCCCAGGCUAGCCUUGAACUUCUUAUGGUAACUCUUGUCUCAGCUUCCCAGCUGCUGGGAAUACCACAUACCCUGCUUUAAAUGUUUUACUUUAAAAUGUGCCAAAGGUGCCUCUUGGUCUAAAAAUCUUGAUAUUAAAUGUUAUUGCCAAUAUUAAAAAUAAGCGUUCAUUAUAAAUUGUACUUGAAAUAUAUGACAUUUUGGGGUGAUGUAAAUAAAAGUAGAGCUCAACCCUUAGUAGUGCAGCACGUCCCUGAGACCAGUUCUAAGAGACGCUGAAAUAUUGGGUUUAAAUGAAGAAUCAAGAAGAGGCUGUUGGCUGGAAUGUUAGAUGAAACAAAUCUUUUAAAAUCAACAUGGGGUAGGGAAAGAGAAAUCAUAGGUACCCAGGCAAAUCCCUGAGCCAGUAAGGCCCUGUAGAGUAAUAAUGAAUUGUUACCUUAAAAUCUUAUCACUAACUUUAUUAGUAUUAUUAAUUAUUACGUUGGUUCCUACUGCUGGGAAGCUGUUCACAUCGCUCCUUAUACAGGAGCCAGCAAGCUGUAGGCUUUCUUCAGCCUUGCUCUUCCCAGCUCUGGAGAGUCCCUCCCUGACCUGGUGGUUAUAAUACAGCAGGCGGCCUUGGUUAAUGUUUACCUUUUCAUUGUGUUUUUGAAAACUACAAAUCAAGUAUUUAGUAGUAGCUAUUUACAAAUGUGUUUGCAUUCGAGUGCUUGUAGAUACAACUUUACAUGUAAACAUGUGUAACAUUAUUUAGCUACAUUGAGUUUGUAAGUGCCUUUACCUAAAUGAUUUGCCUUUCAUCAAAAAGUAGACAUUCUAUUAUAAGUAUUGCUCUUUGUUUAGUGCAAAAUACGGAGUUCUUAAGUUAGACUGGGCAUGUAACACAGUGAAGGUGCUGUGUAGGCUUUUAGGCGGCAUGACCUUUAGCGCAUAGUUCUAUGCCAGUGCUUAAAUAGAAGUGUUUAUUUAUCCUUCACUAGUUAUACAUUAGGCAUAUAAUGUUAUGUGACAUUAACUCAGUAAUGUGUGGUUUUAUAUUUCUGACAUAGUGUGAUCUUUUUAAUAGUACCGUAGGUAUCGUGUCCUUUGUGAUCUUCCAUUUAGCCCUUAGUGUGGGAAAGAAAGUAUAUGGUAAAUUGUUGGCAAUAGCUAUAUGAUGCGUAUUUGACUUGAGGGAGAAAGACUGCUCCUGAGAGGUUCCUCUGCCCACAACAGAUGUAGGAAAUCUUCAUCAUGCUGUGCCAGGAAGAUCAGAGCCCUCCAGAAUCAAGGAUGGAGCCCUACCACUACCACCCCACCCCCCAGUCAAACGGUGUAUCUUUUACCUAGAAUUUUAUUUAAAAUGUAUUUGCUACCACAAAGGAUAAGAGAAGUUCCAUCCUCUUAUGAAAACAUUGUUACUGAGGUCUAGCGAGUUUCAGCAACAGUUUUCCUAUAGGUUGAAAAGGGGGUCGUUUAAUAGGAAUAAAAACCUCCAUUCUUUUUAUAUUUUUUGUGAUCUGUAUUUACAAAGGAUUGAAGUAAGCAUUCCACUAACUCACAGAGUUGAACAUUUAGAAGGCAGUUUUAUGGUUGCUGUCAGGCUUUUACUUUAGUCAGUCUCAAUGAGUGACAUAAUAUGCAGUCUCAUGUAUGUAUUGAAUUUAGUGGCUUAAUGAAGGCUAUUUACAUGCAGAAAGCUAUCUGCAUUCAUCAUAAUAUACUUGAUUCUUUCAGCCAUAAAUAAAUUGAAUAUAACUGUAUUAUUUAAAACUCUAGCUGGAGGAGUCUUAGAUGAGUUGGCAUUGCUGUUUGCUGGCAUUGGAGCAGUAGCUAAGUUGGUUGGUUUUGUGUACGAGGAUGGUUAAGAGAGUCACUGAGCACAGUUUACAUGGUCAGCACUGCUGUUGUGAGAAACAGUGUUAACUCACUUGUCACUUUCUGUCAUGUCUAGACUUGUGUUGAGAUGUGUCACAUUCUCAGCCUACUUUGUGUGAUAAGCAAAAACAUAAUGGGAAAAGCUUUUUAAAUAACAGGUCUUAGCUUUUUAAAAUUGGGGGUUUCAAAAACAACAAGAGAUGCUGAAAAGAUGUUACCUUUUACUUUGGUCAGAUCAUUACGUAUGCUCUGACAUCUUAAUUUUCUAUACUUAAAGUCUGUAUUAGAAAUAUCUGUAUAAGUAUAUACAUAAUUAAAAUGUAGCUCAGAAAUAUGAUUCAACAGUGGAGUUUUUUUUUUCUGGAAAAAAUAUAGUCCUAUUGUAUCAGAUUUAUUUUACUUUAUUAUGGCUAAUAUUCUAAAAAGAAUGUUUAAGCUAUUUUAAAUUCUUGUGCCUCUUCCCCCAAAGGAUAUUUAAAAAUAUGAUCUUAUAUUAACUUUAUAUUCUUUCUUCAUAAAUUUUGCCUUAAACAUUGUGCCUUGUUUUAUUAGAAUCUAAUUCUGGCUUUUGUAACAACAUUUUAUUUUAAACAGACAUUUACUUUUAAAAAAUCCUUAUAAUGCUUGUAUUUGCUAUAUCACUGCUUAUCUGUUUAUUGAAUUUAUUGAAUACACAACUCCAAACACUAAGCGUGUUUUAGCAUUUAUUGUAUGUACUAGAUAAAAGAGAAAAUAAAGAUACAGUGUGUUCUUCUGA